GAGCAAACACACUUUGCAGGAUUCAGUGUUUUUGCAGUGAUGUUUGGCUCCAGCAGCAGUCAGGUGUCCUGCGUCAGGAUUACAUGAUUUCAUUGUGUUAAGCAUCAGAAGCCGCGCCCUCUCCGCUUCUCUGCUGCUUUGGUAUGUCUCUGCGUCACGAGUUUGUGUAGCAAUCGAAAAGAGGAAGAAAGCCCAGACAGGCUGCGUGAAGCCACAGCCUCCUGUGAUGUCACAUCAUGUCAUGUUAGAUCCUGUAACGACGCGCGGCGAUCAGGUAGGUCUGGUUCAGUCACAUUCUGACCGCCUUGCUCUCUCCUUCCUCCCUCCUCCCGGCGUUAAAGUCUUUGUUUUCCACCUGUUGCAGCUCUUCCUCAGACGGUCUUCCUCAGACGGUAUUUCUUAGACACUCUUUCUCAGACAGUCUUCCUCAGACGGUCUUUCUUAGACGGUCUUUCUUAGACAGUCUUCCUCAGACGGUCUUUCUUAGACAGUCUUCCUCAGACGGUCUUCCUCUCUCGGAGUCGUCAUGGAUUACUCCAAACCGUUCUCGGAGCUCAACGAGCGGCUGAGGCCUCGGCUGGCCUCCAGCGACCUGCUUCACUCCUCCCUGUGCAGACUGGAGGAGAGGAAACCCACAUCAUACACACCGACGGUCCUCCCGUCAGAACCAGAACCACAGAUGGACCCGGAGGAACCAGAAGAGCAUCUGAUCCGCAGCAGUACCGACGAGGGGCUUUGCUCUGAUAUGAUGCCUUUCAUCAACUCCUGCUUCAACUUUGAGCUGAACGUGAAAGACGAGGAUGAGGCCAGCGACAGCCGCAGCAUCACUCAGUCCGAGGAGACGGACAGUCCAAGCGAGCUGCCGUCAGAAGAUUCGAUGGACUCCUUAAAGGCUGGAGCCGGGCCCGGUCCGGGAGAUAGCCCCUUCCAGAGGUUCUAUGGUGACAAAACCUUACCGGACCUGAUCAGCACCGGCAGGCCGCUCGGCAGGCGCAGGACGCUGACACACGUCUCCGACACGCUAAAAGAAGUCCGCAGGGAAGUGGAGCUGUCGCGCAGGAGGAGCAUCAAGCUAAAGGCUCAGGUGGACAAACUGCAGGGAAGCACCGACGGACCGGGCUGGAGCCAGAACCGAGAGAGGGUCACAGACGAGGUUCUGUCGGUCGUAAGGCUGCUGCAGCCGCUGAUAGCGUCAGAAUCCGGCCGAACCGAGCCGCGAGGCGGGGAGAGCCGCCUGGACUCUGCCCUAGCGGAGCUGAAGAAUGUGGCACGACAGCUGGCAAUCAGCCAUACCAAGCAUGAUUCAAAACCUGGAGCAAGUGGAGCAGAGGAGAGCGCUGUCCUGCAGCAGGCUCUGAGGGACAGAGACGACGCCAUAGAGAAGAAGAAGGCGAUGGAGGGCGAGGUGCUGCGGAGUAAGAACGAGAUGAUGGCGCUGAACAACCAGCUGCUGGAGGCGGCACAGAAACGUCUGGAGCUGUCGCUGGAGCUGGAGGCCUGGAAGGAGGACUUUCAGCGUCUCCUCCAGCAGCAGGUGCUGAGCCAGCAGCUGGCGGAGCAGCAGGCCCAGAAUAAGGCUUCUCGCAAGGGCCUCCUGCGGAGAAACAAGCAGCCUCCCAUCCAGCGCCCGCUCAACUUCCUCUACACGUCACCUGCACCUCCCACCACCAACUCCAACCAGAUCUUUGUGAACAAAUCUGCCAGUUCUCCCCCUUUAACUCCCAGCAUACCCGCCUCUCCGCUCGCUGCUGGUCCCAGCGGCGGGACGCGCACCUGGCGGGACAAGCUGAAGAAGAGCAGGCCUCGCCUCGGGCAGCAGGACGCAGCCGAGCAGGAGAGGGAGUGGGGCAGGGCAGACGACGGCUUCCAGGCGGUUUCACUCGACUGAAGCCGUCAGGACAUUUAAUAGACUGGAUCUUUGUAAAGACUCAUGAAUUACAAACGUGCUGCUUAUUGUUGGUUUGACUGGUCAGUGAUGGGAGUCCAGAAAGACUCACAUGAAUCUGCUGAGCUUUUCGUUUUGAUGUGACUCAGGUUGGAAGAGGAGACAUUCUCCAGGAGUAGAGAAAUAUUUAGACAACAGUUUCUUAUAUUUAGACUCUAUGGUUUCUUUUAUUUACUCGAUCUUGCUCUCGCUGCAUAUUGGGGUUCUUGAAGUGUUGUCAGCACAAACAAAAUGAACUAAUAUGAAAAAAACAAGCACAUAUUUUUCUGCAGUCUUGUUUAUCAAACAGUAAAGUAAUAUAUGCACAACCAGUUACAACCUAUUAGAAAUGUGAACAACUUCUGAUACUUUUUAGAGUUUUAGUUAAUCUGAAUUAAUUUUUUUCCAACUCAAAAUCACAAAUCAACAAACCGUGUAAGCUACAAACUAGAGCGUUCAGGAUGUUUUUCAGUCUUCGUUAUUUAUUGAUGAUGUAAGUGGAGAAUCCGCCGUGUUGGUGUUUGUGAAAAACGGUUUUGCUAUUAUGACCAUUUUAUGGUUUCUGAAUAAAAGGAACUGUUGUUCUUUUA